UUAUGUUCUCGCUCUCCUCCGCUCUCUCAUCUCGCAAUUUUGUUUUUUUAUUUUUUUUUUCAUUUCCUUUUUUUUCCCCGUUUUCAAUCCCGAGAGGUUGUAAAAAUGUGAUACGUGCGCUGUCCACGCCGGGAGAUUGAAAAAAAAUGUUUGAAAAAUUGACAAGUGAAUUUUCACGAUCCUUUGACCACUCGAAGGACUCCAACAAUGCCACAACCGUGUACAUAGUUUAUAAACAAAUAGUAAACAAAUGAGAUAGUGCGUGCUUCGUGCGGAGGGUGGGGGACAGAUGCAAUACAACGAAUGUGAAAAUGAACGGAUUAAAAUAGUAAACAUCGAGACGAGAUGAGAAAUUUAUCAAAAUUACUUCUGAUAUUUUUAAUAGGACUUGUACUAGAUGUAUUGUCAUUUGAUAAUGACAUUGGUAGUAAGAACGUAGCCGAUAUGUUGAGAACAAAUGACAAGGACUUGGAGGAGGACGAUAAUUCGGGUGACGAUGAUCACAAUGAUAGUAACGAUGAUGAUACUUAUUUACUCGGUGAGGAGGAGGAAGCGCCGAGGGUGGGAAAUGGCUCGGGUGGUGAUGCUGAUUUGAUAAGCGGGGGUAGACAUCUGCCGGUUUUUCUCAUGGAGCCACUCGAUGCUUUUGUCAUUAAGAAUAAACCGGCAGGAUUGAGGUGCAAAGCAGCACACGCACUCCAACUUUAUUUUCGUUGCAAUGGCCAGAGAAUGGAGGACUCGUAUCAGACGGAUUUUGUUGAUCCUCACACUGGCACGAGAAUUGUUGACGCCGAGGUCAACAUAACGAGAGACAGUAUCGAGGAGUAUUUUGGAAAUGACAAGUACAGAUGCGAGUGCAUCGCCUGGUCAGGAACUGGCUCCAUCACCAGUCAACCGGCCGUCAUUGAUGUAGCCUAUCUGAAGAAGCAAUUCGAAUCACCGCCGUAUUCAGUGUCUGUGGAGGACGGACAGAGCACGGAAUUACGGUGUUUACCACCCCCUGGUGUACCAACACCGAGGGUUUACUGGAUGAGAAAUGGGGUGGUUAUCAAUGGGGAUGAGGAGAAGAGUGAACUUGGAAAUAGUAUUUUGAUAUCGAGCGAGGGCCACUUGAUGAUUGGACAGGCUAAGCUUAUUCAUCAGGCUAAUUAUACGUGUGUGGCGGAGAAUAUUGCCGCCAAACGGCUCAGCACACCAGCCGCUAUUACCGUUUAUGUUAAUGGGGGCUGGUCCCAAUGGUCCGCGUGGACAGAGUGUCAUUCACGGUGCGCCAAAGGGGGUCAAAAACGCACCAGAACCUGUACCAAUCCCGCGCCAAUGAAUGAUGGCCAGCCCUGCCUCGGUCCAGCCAUUCAGAAAAUGGAUUGUGACACCUCGUGUCCAGCAGUGGACGGUGGCUGGUCAAAGUGGUCGCCCUGGUCAAUUUGCGGUAAAGACUGUGCUCACACAAAGACACGAACCUGUGACGAACCGGCGCCAGCCCACGGCGGCAGACACUGCCCCGGAAAAGACACUAUAGUCGCGAAUUGCACAGGCGGACUCUGUGAAAACGGUAACAAUGGAACAAUGGGUGGUAUACAGCUCACAACAAACCAUACUGCCAUGGUGGGCUCUACUACGAAUAGUAAUGCUGCGACGGCAGCGGAAAAGGGUAAAAUUGCGGUCGAUAGACAGAUGGAUAUGACUUUUUACAUGGGGCUUGUUCUUGCGUGUAUUUUUGGCAUUGGACUUGCAUUACUUUUGAUCAGACUUGUUAGGAGAAAAAAUCAGGAUCACAGGCUUUAUUCCAUGACGCAGAGUGAAGAAUUUCAAUCAACAAAAUACGAUAAAAAGCCAUGCCUCCAGCCUGACUUGACGUCAGGAACAGCGGUCCAGGCAGCGUCAACCUACGAAUAUCCAUUCGAUCCAAAACUCUCAUUAUCUCGUUCACUCUCUGAGCACCACUACGACGUGCCCCAUCACGUUUCAAUCGGCUUCACUCAGUCAUCCCUGACGCAUUCGUCUCAUCAAUCCUCCGGUGACAAGCAAAUUUAUUCUGGCAGUGAAAAUAGCAUCACAAGUGUUGUGAGCUCUUCUUAUCCCUCGUCAGAUUCCACAACGACCUACAACGUUGCCACUGAGCGCGUUAAAUUGGCCAAUGUUGAGCAAUCAAAUUGCAUUGCAAGUGCCACUGUCAACGUACGUGGUGCACUGCUGGUGCUGGCUGAUUGUGGUGUAUCGUUGUCAGUGCCAGAGGGUGCAAUACCAAAGUCCCAGAGUAAAGCGCAGCUUUACGUGUCGGUUCUCGUGAACGACGAGAUGAGGCCGAAAUUUCCGGAGGGUACGACGCAGCUGUCGGCCGUUAUCUGCUGCGGUCCACCAGGGAUGACCUUCAGCAAGCCAGUGAUUCUGCAGUUUGAACACUGCGCUGUGCUGCAGCCAGCGUCGACCUGGGAGCUGUCCAUCUGGAGCCUCGAGGUCCCCCCAACGACAGAAACCGAUGAUAACGAGUCGAAAGAGUCACUGGGCUGUUGGCGAAAGCUCCUCACCCUCGGCAACGAAACAAUAAAUACCCCAUUAUUCACCCAGAUCGAUCACACCGAGGCGUUCAUAGUCACUGAACAGCUACAGAGCUACGUUCUGGCUGGACGAAGUGUUGAUGAUCAUGUGGUGGCAGCUAAGAGAUUAAAAAUCACACUUUUUGCGAGUCAAACGCGCCAGAUUAGGGUGUACAUAACUGAGGAUACGAAGGCAUCACUGAAGGUGAUUAAUGAUGGUGAAACACUGGAGUGGGGCUACAUUCUUGAUAAACCAAGGAGCAUAGUAUUUCAGGACAAUGGUGAUGCAUUGUGGAUCAGUCUUGAGCAAGUGGGUAACGAGUGGGAGAAUAAAUCACCGACUGAGAGACAGCACAUCGACUUCUACGAUAUCUGGAAUUCAAGGGGUAACAGUUACGUCGAAUUCGUCUUGGACGAGGAUUUCGAUGGCGUUACGAGCAAGUCGUACAAGCUUCAAGUGUCGCAGGGCUGCACGACCGACGUUGGAAGGCAGGUAUUUAGGAUUAUUUAUGAUGUACCGAAGCAACGAAUAUUCUCGGGCAGUGUGACACGUCCCAUUCGUGAGGUGACUGUUGUCAGUAGCAAUAUCGUGGCCUCCGAUGGCAGCUAUCAUGGGCCCUUCAGGUUCACAAAGUCUUUGAGGAAGCAGUUGUGCCAGUGCCUGGAUCCUCCCAAUAAUAUUGGCAAUGAUUGGCGAAUGCUGGCACAACGAUUGCGGGUAGACAGGUAUAUCAAUUAUUUCGCUACUAAAGCCAGUCCCACUGAGCACAUUCUUGAUCUUUGGGAGGCUAGGCAUCGUGAGCCCAGUGCUGUUAACGAUCUUGUUAAUCAUUUGAGAGUUAUGGGGAGAACCGAUGCCGCUACUAUUCUCGAAGCUCAACUUGGCGCGUGGCUGUAAACUCUCGUUAUUUAUUGUUUUCGAUGGAGAUAAUCUGUUGUUUUUUAUCUUUAGUUGGUGACUUUGAUAUUUCUUCGGCAAUUGCAACGGCCUAUUAAUCAUUAUGUUCCUAUGGUUAUUUAUACUUAAAUGAUGGAUGGAGCACUGCCUUAAUUCGCGUAUUCGUCGGGCUUUUUGGUCUUUAAUCAUGAUGUAUUCGAGACGAGUGGAGGGGGGAGAUAAUUAUCGGUAACAAUUGAGUGAUAUGAGAAUAAAGUGGAAUGAACAUUGGGGCCGUUACACGGAAUUGGGGAAAUUUUCCUUUCCCCGCUCGCGAGUUCCCUGGGAUGGCAAUUCAUUUCUUUUUGCUUCAUUAGGCACUCGAGGGAAAAUGAACGAUAAAAUUUAUCAAGUAGAAAUUGGAAAAUUCGCUGGGUCUUUGGAGUUACUGGGGCGGAAUAAGUUCACUUAUAACUAUCAUCUCGAAUUGGAAAUUGUCAGGGGAUCUUGGAGUGCAUUCAAAAUGACUUUUCAUUCUCAGGUGAGUGCUAGUAAAUUGGAAAAGUCGGGGCUACAAUGGAGAGAAUGAGUUCUCUUAUCUACUUCCUUCCACUUGUCUGGGUUUUUAACGUUAUGUGUACAUAAAUUAAUCAUACGAAUUUACUUAGAGAACUUUGAGAUUAAGGAAAAUUUUCAGAACGGCAACGAUACCAAUAAUACAUGAUAUUACUACUUGCAGUAGAGGAGUAAAACAUUAUAUAAUUUUAGAUGUAAUUUUUAUUAGAGAAAAGAAAAAGGAAAGAAUCUCCUAUAAACGUUUACGUAAUACGUACGAUUAUAUUUAAGAGAACAUAGAUAUAUGUAAAUAUUAAGAAGUUUAAGAGUAUUAUAUACGAUAUUGAUUAAUCCGAGGACUGAUAUAGCACGAAAUGACUCAUAAUUUCACUCCCUCCCUUCCCCCAAAAAUUAUGAGGACGUACUGUCUCUCAUUAAUUUACAAUGUGAAUUGUGCCAAAUUAUCGUUUUCAAUAAUUCAUCCACUCGUAUCUUCGUGUCACAUUACCAUUUCCCAAUCCGUUUAACCGAUGAUAAUUAUAAAUUUUUAUGUGCCUAUUAAUGAUGUUAUUAGUUAUAAAGUACGUAUGGAAUUUAAUCAUUCACCGUUUUUUGUCAUUUAUUCUGCCAAGUCAAUGCAUU